AUGUCCCGUGACCUGUUGAACGGCGAGCGCGCCAUGCACGGCGGAUCAUUUUGCGUGUCGUACCACGGGAGGGUGCUCGGAAACGCAAGGCCGAUACGAGUGUUUCGUGCGCAGGACCCAGUCAACCACGAGCGCGUCAUGCCCAAAGCCAGGAGGAUCGCAAGCCAGCUGACCCGACAGAUGUGCGGCAGGCAUCAAGUCUCGAUCCCUCCAUCAUCAGGAAGCACAGUCGAAGCUGUCAAAGGUCAGGUCAUCUUGCGAAUUGCCAUGAACCUGUCGAUUGUGUUUGCACUAGCCGUGGGCGCGACGUUGGCAUCUGCGGCCGCCCCCCUUGCCAAUCCUGCGGCCCCCCCUUCGGACGCACCCCAACCGCUGGCGUUGACUCGCGACAGAGAGUGGUGGAUGCGCCCCAUCUACCGCCCCAUCGUCGUGCUUCCCCCGCCCAUCGUGUAUCGUCCAGUGUACCGCCCUGUCGUCGUCGUGCGCCGCCCAAUUUUGCGAGGGUGGGAAGGCACGUCGGAUCAAGUUGCCUCGAGCAGCAAGGAGAAGUACGUGCCUGCUUGA